AUGAGCCGCUGUAACGUUGCUGCCUGCUUCUUUCCGCAGCAGUACGGAUGCGAAACAGAGUGCGGGUCAGAAAGUUUGCUGAGAGCGGUGUUGGGAGACAACGCGAAUCGUGUUGACUCUGUCAUGAACCACUGCACGCCCCAUUGCGUAGCUGCUGCCAUUGCCCGCUGUAUUCGAGAAGGACCGAACUUCCCCCAUCACCUGCACGUAAUCGCAGGUGUGGGGCGCUUCAAGGAGAUUAUGAUCGCUUGCCUCAUCGAUAUGAUCCCUCAGCCACUGUUCUCCAUAGAUGUGCCACUGCAGUGUAUGAUGUUUGCCUCCGAGGAGGGAUCCGUGGUGUGCAAACUUUUUGAUAGUGAGUCGAUGCCUUCUCUGCUCUCCACUGCAAAUGACAUGGAACAAAUUUUUUUAGUUUCGCUGAGGCAUGAGCGACGAAUGGUGACAAUCGUUGCGGUUGAGCAACUGUCUACCUCACUGGUUGCCUCCAUGCUGGGUUCUGUGUGUUCAAACAUAUGGGUGCUUUUAAGUGGACUUCACACAACCGAGCGGGAGAUGUCGUUGCUGAACGAGGCGAUGGCUAUACGCGACGCUGUGAGGGAAUUUUCUUCCGCUGUCGGUGCUGUUUCAACCGAGUUACACGUUGAGGAGGAGUCAUCGGCACAUGCGACACCGCCCGUAGCAGUGGAGGUGGUGCAUCCCUCAGCUCCUUCGUUGAAAGGUGUGGAAGAUAAUGAUACUGCUGUGGUUGUUAGCUCUGCUGAAGCGGAGACAGUUAGCGAUACACAAAGUGUUGCCCGCAGAUUAGAGGAAUCGCAGUGUGAAGUGAAUCAACUCAGAAAGAAACUGGAAGAAGCGGAAGACACAAUCCAUAGAUUUAGAGCGGCGGAACGGCGUGCAGAGGAAGAGAAGAAAAACUUGUCUCUGGCGGAGAGUCUAGCGGCAACUACUCCCGUGGCAACAAGUGAGCGCGCUGAGUCGCUCUUUUGCGAAGGUACUGGCGGGCUUGACUCGCAGAACUCCAAGGGGAAUGAAAACUGGGUGGGGGAACGGACGGUGGUGGCAACUCAACGUGAGUUAUCAGCUAUGCAGGCCAAAUUAAGUGAGCUACAAAGGUGCUUGGUUGAAACCAGCGAGGGGAACCUAGGGAGGGUAAGAGAGUUCCAGUGUCGAGAACUAGAAUGGCAGAGAGAGCUUAGAAGAAGGACUGAAGAACGAGACGUCGCACUGCAGGAAUGCGAAAGACUUAGGGGUGCCACACCAUGUCACGGAUCUCAGGAAAAAGUUUUCAGCAGAGCUGUUGAAACUCCCCAUGCACAUCAGGAGCAAGAGCUCGACAAUCUUCUGUCAAGGAUUAGGUCUAUUACGGCUGCUCAUGGAAAUGCUGCCCAUUCUGAGUUUCCAAUGCUCUUCUCGUCGCAGAGGAGCGCAGGAGGUGCUGGGCAGCCUCUGUCUCCGAGGGGAGACUACCGGCGAUUUGCCUCCUUAGAAAGGUACCGGUCGUGA